AUGAGUGACCAAAGCAGAAUUGUCAAUAUCACCGUGUACUGUCGAGAUUUUGCAGCACUGGUCAAGGGUGAAGCUGCUCAACUGAUCGAAUCGAUUGGCAUCAGUUCCUCUAACUACGCUUUGGCUUGGCAGACUCUGGAGAACCGGUAUUCCAACGAUUAUUUGUUGAAGAAGCGACACCUGCAGGCACUCUUCGACAUCCCGCGCAUGAAAAAGGAGUCCGCUGCAGCAUUACAUGGAUUGGUGGACGAGUUUGAGCGGCACACGAAGAUUCUACAUCAAUUGGGAGAGCCUACCGACACCUGGAUUGCUAUUUUGGAACAUCUUCUGUGUACGCGACUGCACGAUGACAAUCUAAAGGCGUGGGAGGACCAUGCGUCGACGGUAGCGAAUCCGUAUUACACCUGCCUCAUCGAUUUCCUGCAACGGAGGACACGAGUACUAGAAUCCAUCUCCGAGAAUCACCACACAGCCGAAUCUGCUUCUGGUUCCAGCAGUCAUUCUCAUCCGUCGAGGAAAAAUCAGGUCCAUACACAGCUUCGCCUUGCUUCUUGUGCAUCGACUACUAGUUCUGGGGAAAAGUGCAGCCAGUCACAUUCUCUGAUGAAAUGCGUCAAAUUCAACCGACUUUCGCCGAUCGAACGACAGCAGCGUCUGUGUCACAACUGCUUGAAGGGCGAUCAUUUCGUUCGCAAUUGCCCUUGCCGUAAAUGUAACCGACGUCACCAUCCUCUUCUUCAUCUUGGACAGACCGAGGGUUCUCGCAGGACUAGCAACGAAGGUUCUUCUCCUAGUGCCGAAGCCGCUCCGAGUUCACCUUCUCAUGCACCAUCUGCCUCCGAGAAUGUUCCGCUAGUUGAAGUCAGCACAGCUCUGCAGCAUCCUCGUGAAAACGUUUUUCUCCUCACCGUCGUUGUGAAGGUCAUCGGAGCCCACGGCGUAGAGUAUCUAGCCCACGCGCUUCUUGACAGUGCCUUGCAAUCAAAUCUCAUCACGGAUCGGUUGGCGAAGAUCCUGCGGCUGCGGCGACAGCCCGCGAACGUGACAGUACAAGGAGCAGAUCAGCUUUCCAAGCCUGUCAAUGAAUCCGUUUUCGCUCAGGUGCAGUCCAGGAAGGAAAACUUCUCGUAUGGUGUAAACUUUUUCUGGUGA